CCAGGAUCCAGCUCGCCGAGGCUCGAUAGUCUGCCAGUGUGGUGGUGGGAUCGUUGACAUCGGGGAACCAUGGAUUACGCGAAGAAAGCGUCCGACACUCAGAACGGAGCGGAUCAAGAGCAGGAGGCCGAGACGCAGAUCGAUGCCGCGUCGCCGUCGUCGAGCGUCGAGCUGUCGAAGAGCGCGCGGCCGUGCUCGACGUGUCCGUCGAAUUCCCGGGGGCUGAAUCACCGGUCGCGCAGCUCACCCCGCAGCGAGCCGGAGGACUGCAGCGGCUCGGAGGACUUCGGCGGCUGCGGCGACGAGAAAGCGAGGAGCGGCUCGGAGCGGCCGGCUCACCACCGGACGCUCUCCUCGCCCAACAGCUGCACGGACUCCGAAGGAGGCAGUAGCGGCUCGGAGCGGCCGGCUACCAGCAGCGGCCGGGACGAGUACAACAACAGCAACGAGCUCGCGAGCGACUCGCCGGAGCCGCUCGACCACCGGCGACAGGAAGCGUCGGCGAACGCCGGUCGCGCGACGAAUAAGCGGAAGUGUCGCACCGACGGCGAGGAGGAGGGGGAGGAGGCCGAGGACGACCCGGAGAGUCGUAGGAGAGACGGCAAGAUCCUGCUGAACAACUUCAAAUUGGUCAUCAGGCUCGACGGCGAGGAGGGCUUCGCCUGCCCGGUCUGCGGUCGACGGGACUUGGCGAGCGCCGCCCUGCUGCAGAGCCACCUGGAGUGCGCCCAUCCGGACUUCCGGGCGAAGUGCGAGCCGUGCAACCUCACGUUCAAGAACCACCGCAUGCUGAGCCUGCACCGCGACGCGAAGCACUUCGGCGAGGGGGGGAACGGCGGACGGGGUGGGAGUACGGGGCGCAACUACGUCGACGGCUUCAACGACUGCACGUUCGUCGACUUCUCGUCCACCAAGUUCCCGACGAUCGCCCGGGCGGUCUGCGAGCGGGAGCCGCACCGGCCGGCCUCCGGCGAGGCGAACAAGUUCCAGUGCGUCAAGUGCCUGCGCGCCUUCCCCUGCAGCCAGGCCCACCUGGCCCACGAGGAGGAGUGCAAGGGCCCGUACGAGAACAAGAGGGCCAACAGCAACGACAACAACAACAACAACAACAUCAGCACGAACAACAACCUCGACGCGGCGAGCCCGCCGCCGGCGGACGAGCUGAAGGUCAAGCGGGAGACCUUCUUCGCGACGUUGGACCUGCAGAACAACGAGCCGCCGGCGAAGGAGCGCAAGGAGGGGGGGAGGCCGCCGGCGAGCGGCCACGACGUCCGGGAGGCGAAGGACCUCGCGGACAUCCAGAGCAUCAUCCUCACGGUCGCCAACAACGCGCCCAUAUCCUUCCCGCGAUCGGACGCCAGCACGCCGGAGAACAACGUCAAGUUCAAUCCGAGCGUGGGCUCGUCCGGCUCCUCGGGCACCUGCUCGUCCGAGUACACCGAGGAAGAGGGCCAGGAGUCCUUCGCCGCUGAGUUCCGCAAGAUGAAGCUGAAGGGCGAGUUCCCGUGCAAGCUGUGCACCGAGGUGCUGCGCAACCUGCGCGCCCUCAAGGGCCACAAUCGCGUGCACAUCAAGCACGCCGGCGACUACGGGCUGCCGUAUCCGUGCAACAUGUGCUCCUACACCAGCACCGACAAGACGACGCUGCAGAGGCACGUGAGGUCGCACAACGGCGACCGGCCGUUCGAGUGCUCCCUCUGCAACUACGCCUUCACCACCAAGGCGAACUGCGAGAGGCACGUGAAGAAGACCCACAACAUGUGCAGCAAGGAGGACAUACAGAACGCCCUGAUCUACCAUCCGAGCGAGGACUCGACCAACGACAACGUGGUCGCGGCCGUCGGCAGGAGCUCGCCCCGUGUCGUCAGGGAGGACGCGCGGAAGGCGCUCGUCUAUCCGAGCGAGCACGAGGACCACCACCAGACGCAGCCUUGGACCCCCGGACCGUCGGCGAUCCUGCCGCGCCCGGAGAAGCCGGAGCCGCUGAACCUCGUGAAGAAGGACAGCCCGGAGCUGAUAAUGCUGCAGCUGCCGCUGAUCAACUGCCCCAGGCCGGACGAGGAGGACGCCGAGUCGAGAUCGUCGGACGGCAGCGUGUCUCUAGUCAGCGAUACCAGAGCGGACCAAAGAAUAAUCCAAGCUAGUCCGAUGAAUCUGUCGAAGCCGUCCACGAGCGGGCACUUCGUGCCGCCGGCGACCGGCCAGGACGGCCCGUUGGAUCUCACCAUGGACGUGUUGGAUCUGAGCAAGAAGCGGAAACGGGAGAGCGAGGCGGCCUCCAACGACGACGACGAGACGCAGCACGGCGGCAGGCAGAGGGACAUUUACAACGUCACCAGCCACGCGCUGUUUCUCACGCACGCCCUCAUGAGCAACGCCGCGCAGAACUCGGUGCCGACGUCCCUCGAGAGUCUCUACGCGAACACGCGCUCCCUCAUCUACCGGAACUUCGGCUCGCUCACCGCCGCCGGCGCCGCCGGCAUGAUACCGCCUUACCUGCUGAACCCGCAGAUGCUGAACCACGGGCUGACAGUGAACGGCAGCAAGCUGCAGAGGGACCUGGUGCGCGGCCUGCAGCUCACCGGCGGCGGCACCAUGGUGGACCACUCGUUGCCCAGCACGAGCUACGCGGCGCAUCCUCAGGGUAACGCCGCGCAGACCCCGAGCGAGCAGCAGCAAGGCGUCCCCUACCCGAGCCCGCAGUCGAGCGCGCAGAUCAGCCAGCAGCAGCAGCAGUCCCCCGCGCCGCGGCAGCUGGCGACGCGACGGGCCGACAGCGUGUCGGCGUCCGGCAGUUCCGUGAAGAUGGUGCUGAAGGACGGGAUACUGGUGCCGAAGCAGAAGCAACGUCGCUACCGCACCGAGCGGCCGUUCUUCUGCGCGAUCUGCUACGCGCGCUUCACCCUGAGGAGCAACAUGGACCGACACGUGAAGCAGCAGCAUCCGCAGCGCUGGUGCCAGAAGAAGGCCCGGGGCGGCCACUCGGCCCGGGGCAGGCCGCCCGCCAGCCACGCGGCGGUGAACAAUCCGGAGGCCUCUCUGCCGGAGGACGUCGGCUCGCCGCAACUGGCGGCGGCGACCACGUUGAACCCGGGCGCCUCGCGCACCGAGUCGCCGACCACCACCCCCCCGACGACGGAGCACAGCCGGCACUCGAUCUCCGAGCAGGUGAAGUACGCGAUCCUGGCGCAGCAGCUGAAGGCCAGCAAGUUGGACAACGAGAACGACUCGGAUCAGGAGAUGGUGAUAGACGAGGGCGACAGGGCCGACUCGCAGGAGACGCCGCAGGCUCAGGAGUCCGCGAGCUUGCUGAGAGGCCAACUGGAGGGUAACGAGGGCAGAGGAGAUGUCGUCGUGAAGAUGGAGCUCGAGGAGGAGGAGGAGGAGCCCGCGGAAGCCUCGUCGGAGGAGUCCCACGGCGGCGAGCAGGUCGCGCCAGGUAACGCCGACGCGGUGAAGGAGGAGCCGCCAGCGGAGGGCAAGUCGACGUGCGGCGAGACGAAGACGCGAGGCGAGCAGGGCAAGCUGGAGGACGGCACCGCGGACUUGGCGAGCGUGUCGAAGCUCCUGGACAACGCCUCUCAGCAGUACCAGCAGUUCCAAUACUUAAGCGACGAGGAGGGCCUGAUCGCCUCCACCAGCGACUACAACAACUCGGGCAGCGAGAAAUCGGACUCGCCGAACUCCCUGCACUCCGAGACCUCCGGCAAGAAGAGGAAGAAGAAGAAGAAGUCCGCCUACUCGAUGGCGCCGAACCGGGUGAUCUGUCCGUAUUGCCAGCGCCCGUUCCCGUGGACCUCGUCCCUGCGACGUCACAUCCUCACUCACACCGGGCAGAAGCCGUACCAGUGCAUCCACUGUUCGCACCACUUCACCACCAAGUCGAACUGCGACCGGCAUCUGCUGCGCAAGCACAAGACCAAGGCGAACAAGAGCCGGCGCGUGCGUAACUCGACGUCGCCGGAGGUCGAGCAGGCGCGGGUGGUAAACAGCAGCAACAGCAGCAGCAGCAACACCUUCACCACGAGGAACGUGCCGGAGCGGCCGUACAAGUGUAACCAGUGUCCGAGCUCGACGUUCUCCACGCUGGGCAACCUGAAGAAGCACCGUUCGACGAAGCACGCGCUGCGCAAGACCAAAUCCAGGUCGGACACGCCGUCCAGCGACCAGCAGAACAGCCCGACCCAGUCGUCCGCGCAGAACGACCAGAGCGACUACGAGAGCCGGUCGUCCAGCGUCUCCGAGACGACGGACAACUCGCCGCCCGCCAAAUCGAACCCCACCACGUCGCCGGCGAUGAGCCACGAGACCACCAGGUCCCGUAAGUCCUCACCGGCGCCGGUCGACGUGCCCUUCAAGUGUCACCUCUGCGACAGCUGCUUCACCGAACGCCAAGACUGCCUGGAGCACAUCAAGACGAACCACAAGUGCUCGUACGACAUGCUGGUGGCCAAAGGCGCCCUCGACAUGGACAUCGACGCGUCCGAGGACCAGAUGCUGGCGCAGCAGCACUCGAGCGACGGCGAGGGAAAGGGCGGUCGCUUCCACGACUACAGCAACAGAAAAGUAGUGUGCGCAUUCUGCAUGAGACGGUUCUGGUCGGCGGAGGAUCUCAGGCGGCACAUGAGGACCCACACGGGCGAGAGGCCGUUCCAAUGCGACAUCUGCUGCCGGAAGUUCACCCUGAAGCACAGCAUGCUGCGCCACCGUAAGAAGCACGAGUCCAUCGACUCGUCCAUGUACAUAGGUAACAGCGGUGACGAGGAGAACCCGCCCACGCAGCAGCCGCCGACGAUAACCCCGAGGAGCCAGCAGCACUCGCCGGUGCCCACGAACACCAGCAGACCCCGGACUCAGGACAGAAUCUCUCUGCCGACGGUGGCGGCGGUCGCGACCGGGGAUGCGGCGCCCUGCGCCCUGAUGCGUUACAAGCAUUACGACAACAUGGCCAUGAUGACCGGCCGAAUGGCGAACGACGGCUCCCAAAACGCCCCUCCCCACCGCCCAACGCCUCCGCCCGCGGACGCGCCUGGCGAGAGCGGCGAGAACGAUUUGAUCUCCGACCUGCUGGGGAUACGCGAGAAGGGCCUCCUCGACAAAGUCCUCCGCAGCACGGCGGACGACGCGGCGAAAUUGUUAGGCGUCAAUCGUAGCGAGUGAUAGGUGUAGGUAGUAAUAGUCAUAAGUCGGCCGGUUAAAGCCGAGAACCGGCGGCGAACAGUUCCGAGUCCGCGGGCUCUCCCGACGAGCAGCAUUGUGCGAGAGGAGCAGCGGCGACGAGGAGGCUGAGAAUCUGACGGACGGAGUGAGAUGAGCGCGAAUACCGUUGGUUAUCGUACACGCCGGGAAAAUUGGUAAGAACCAUGUCGACCUCUUCCCCUUGUCUGUUAUAUCUUAUUAUGUUGGGUUGAAUCAAAAUUAAUAUACGUGCUAUCGUGAUACGCAUGUUGCUAAAUUGAAGGAAAAAAGUCGGGCAUUUUGUGUGAAACAAGGGGAGGACUUUUUUUUUUUUUAAUUAGGAGACCUCUCCUAAUAAGUGACAAAGCCCGUUAAAUCUUAUAAACGGGAACCGCUGAGACGACAAACGAUAAAAUUAAUGAUAAAAUCGGAUCCAACGAACUCUCUGACACGCGUCUCGAAUCGCGAAUGGGCUCGAGCUUAUCUCACGACGUUUCAUUUUAGCGAGAGUUCGUGUUUACUCUUUCCUCUCUCUCUCUCUCUCUCUUUCUCUCGACAAUGUGCUACGGGCCGAGGAUCGCAACGAGAAUGGCACGCGAAUGGCUCGUCCUUCGACGUGAAACCUUUUUUCACGAGGAUACACGGAAACGCGGGUCGAGUGCGUCGAGCGCCUUCAUUCUUCAAUCUUUAACGCACGCGUUUCGAAAUAGAUUUGUUUGUCACCAGUAAGAGAGACGAAGUUGGCAAUUAAUAACAAUUACUGGCGCUGCGUUUCACAUCUCCCGCCGCAGUAAAUCGGCUCUUGACAUGCAAUCGCUGAAGGUGAGACUAUUGUUUUCAAUGUGAUAGAACGAAGCGGAUAAAAAAAAAAAGGGGGGACGGAUGGAACCGGCUGUCGAAGUGAUCAAGAUAACAUAUAUAAAGCGCGUAUAAAAAGUUGUGAUUUUGGGUAGAGCGAGAUCGGAUUGUAUUUUAAUAUUUUAGUAUAAAAUAAGUCGAAUUAAGUCGGUAAUUUUUAAGUUCAAGGCUCGGCUCCAUCCGCCGGCCGUAUCGGUUUUGUGACGUCAUAGAGCGAGAUGGAGCCGAGCUUUAAGAUAUUUCUUUUAAGCUAUUCCCUUGCGUACUUGAAUAUAAGAAGCGGUCUCAUUCGCGUGCUCGUAUUAAGAAGAAAUCUUUUUUUUUUUUAUUUUAUUUACUCAUAAAAAUUAUUUAUUAUCCGAGGCAAUAACAAUAAGUAUCCAGCCUCCGACACCAACAAGCUGAUUUACUGACGGGAGA